CUCUUACAUUCACCACCAGGCAGCAACGUCGCGUCAACUUUUCCCGCUUUCGCACCUGCAACUUCUUCCUUCUGUCUUCAACAAACCACACGCUCCGCCCCCCAGCAUGGCAGCAAUCUUCAACCCAUCACUGGGCGAGCUCGGGCGUGUCCCACCCGAGCUUCGCAACCGCAUCUACAGACUCGCAAUCGACACGACAAACGACAGGCUUGACAUCUUCUCCCUCUGCACCGGUCCACGUCGCCAGCUCGCCCUCGUCUCCAAGCAAAUCCACAACGAAACCAUCAACCUGAUCAAAACCUUCAAGCACAAACCCUGCGCGCACUGGAACUUCACCAUUCGCAAAACAACUCGACCGCGCCAGUUGUGGGGCAGCCUGGUGUUUCCAUCCACCAUCUUCUACGAAGCUGAUCGCAUCAAUCACGACUUGCUCAAGCCUGGGGCAUCGUUUCGAUUCUUCACCGCUCAUAUCUGUGAGGGGGCUCCAUUUCCAGUUCCAGUGGCAGUCGUCGUCACGCUUCCAGGCUCGCUUUCUGGACCAAAGAAUCAGCUGCAGCUGAAAGUUGAGGUGGUUAGAGCGGCGCGUUCGGAAAAGGGGUCGCUCACGUUGAGUGUACGCAUGCCGUGUCUGGGUCCUGGGGAAUUUGAUGGUUCUAUGUUGCACGCGCGAGAUUUCGUGGCGAAGUUAACCCAUGCCGUCAUCUAUCAUGUUCUUAAAGGGACGGGUUCGAACUGGGUGACGUGGGAAUGCUUCUAGGGAGAGAGGGGCUAUUGAAGGCGUAUUCAGGGGUUGACGGAGAGGUGACCAAGCAGCGAGACGCAUGCGAAAGGCAACUAGCUAGAGACAAAGCAGGUAUCGAAGAAG